AUGGAGCCCGUCUGGAACACGCUUGAAGAGGUGAAAGGGAGGGCGAACGGGCGAACGGGCGAGGGGGAGUUUGUGGAUGGGGUCCGACGGUGGAUGUUUGGCAGUCUGGAUGUUGCUAUGUAUAGGUACUUGGCCCGGGUGGGCGAUCAGCGGGUGCGCACCGAGCACCGAGCACCGCACGCCUGUACCGGUACCUGGCCCGGUGCCCUAGCCCUGUCGCUGUCGAGGACCGAUGAGACCUGGAUGUCGAGUUCGGUAAAUUCUGUUUCUGGAUCCUGGAUCCUCCGCAUCGCCAGCAAUCUUGCGCAUCUUCUCCUCGGGGGCCAACCCCCGACUCUGCAAACCUGCAAAAACCCCCAAAGACGCAAGCAGCCAAGCUUUGGCGGCCGAGGGGAAACACGCUCCUGA